AUAGGCUAUAGGUAUAAUAUAUCUAGUCAUGAAUUGAGAUUCUACUUACCUAAAUCAGAGUAGUCUAGAUCUAUAGAUCUACUACUGUACUGCUAAAUCUAGUUAAUCUAGUACUAGUCCGGAUCUAGGUCUACAAAUAAUAAUGAUGAUGAAACAUAUAGCACAAUUUUCUAAGAUUGUAAAACUAUCUUUACCUACAAGUUAUAAGUGUUGUGCCGUCCAAAGAUUGUUGCACACUGUAUCAUCAAAAGAUCUCAAAAAACAGAAUGGUUUCCUCAAAAUAUCAGAUGAGGUAAUGGAAGCAUUGCACACUGGGAGACCACUGGUUGCUUUAGAAAGUACAAUUAUUACACAUGGCAUGCCGAAUCCUCAUAACCUUAGCACUGCAUUAAGUGUGGAGAAAAAAAUUCGUGAAAGUGGCACCAUUCCUGCCACAGUAGCAGUUCUUCAAGGAAAACUGUGUGUUGGAUUAAAUGAAACCCAGAUCAUCUGGCUUGCAGAGAAAAACUCAGACUUAAUCAAGAUUUCUAGGCGAGAUUUACCUUUCAUUCUUAGUCAGGGUUACAGUGGAGGGACAACUGUGUCAGCCACAAUGAUUGCAGCUCAUAUGGCUGGCAUUUCAAUAUUUGCUACCGGAGGCAUCGGUGGAGUUCACAGGGGGGCUGAAGAAAGCUUUGAUGUUAGUGCGGAUUUAACAGAGCUGGGUCGCACACCUGUGGCUGUUGUAUCCUCAGGGGUGAAAUCAAUACUAGACAUACCAAAGACUUUAGAAUACCUGGAAACUCAAGGAGUCUGUGUCAUGACCUUUGGCUCAGAGAGACAUUUCCCAGCAUUCUUUACUAGAGACAGUGGCCAGCUAUCGCCUUACAAUGUAAAUUCUCCCAUAAAAGCUGCUCAAGUUAUCGACUCCCACAUUAAACUAGGGUUAGAGAGUGGACUAUUAAUAGCAGUGCCUAUACCUGAGGAAUUCACAUCAGCUGGUGAUGUAAUACAAGCAGCCAUAACUGAAGCCCUAGAUCUAGCAAAAAAACAGAACAUCUGUGGCAAGGAAGUGACACCAUUUCUACUCAGUACAGUCAACCAUUUGACUAAAGGUCAAUCUCUAGAAGCCAACAUAGCCUUGAUUGAAAACAAUGCCUCUGUUGCUGGACGCAUUGCUUUCUGCCUGCACCAACUGCGUCAAAAUAACCAGUCAGACCCUGUCACAGCGUCUCGGCCAUUGUUUACUACCAUUGCAAAACUUUCUUCUUUAAACCAAGCUUCUAAACCUCGUCUGAUGAAAAAAGAUGAUGACAGCUGUAGAUUAACUGGUAGGCCUGUUGUAAUUGGUUCUACUGUUGUAGACUUCAGUGUUCAAGUCACUGACCCAAAAUUUCAGCUGAAUGGUGGCACAUACACUGGACAAGUGUCACAAUCAUUUGGGGGUGUUGGCAGGAACCUGGCUGACUGUCUCUGUCGUUUAAAUCACAGCCCUGUCUUUGUGUCUGCAGUUGGGACAGACUCCCAUGCUGCUUCACUAUCAGCUCUGUGUCAACACAUGGAUCUGAGUGCUGUACAGAAAAUAGAAAACAUGACUACUGCCACCUGCUGUGUUUUGCUGUACCAGGGCAAAUUUUUAUUUGGUGUUGGUGAUAUGAAUGUUAACUCAAAACUAAUGAUUGACCAGAUUAAAAACUUGGAUUCCCUCAUUGCAUCUGCUCCACUGGUUGUGUUAGAUGGAAAUUUCACUACAAGUUUUAUAACCUCAAUAGUGGACAAGUGUGCCAGACUUUCUGUGCCAGUUUGGUUUGAGCCAACAGAUUUGUACAAAUGCAAGGCUCCGUUCCAAUCUGAUGCCUGGAAGAAGUUGACUUUUGUCUCGCCCAAUCUGGUUGAGCUGGUGUCCAUGUAUCAGGCCAUGAGGCAGAGGUUAGGUCAGGAUGAUAUUCAAGUGUCUGUCACAGAGGACUCUGAUCUCCAAGAGAUUCUUGAUGUUUCUGUCAGUAUGUGCCAAGACUUAGUGAAGCACAUUCCUGUAGUUUUACUGACACUGGGAAGACAUGGAGUACUGUUGUGUCACAGACUGGGACAGAGUGAGUGCUUCCUGCCCAUUACAAGUCAGAUUAGCAGUAGCGAUGAGUUUAAGGCUGUUUACUAUCCAAGUUUCAGUCUUGAUAUGGACCCCUCUGAGAUUGUGAGUGUUUCUGGAGCAGGGGACUGCCUUGCAGCUACUAUAUGUGCAGGCAUGUUGAGUGGUCAGACGAUAGAUGAAUGCAUCAGGCAUGGCCUCCUUGCAGCCUAUUUGUCUUUACAGUCUUUGACUGCCGUCCCAGAAACUGUUUCACUGGUGGCCAUAAAAGCACUGGAGCAGAGGUGGCCUGAAUGGAAUCCAAUCUAUUUAACAGUUGAUAACAGUUGAUUUUAUUUUGAAUACCCUCAGGGAAAAGUAUUAUUUUUAAAAUAAGACAAUGUUGGAAAGGUUAAAAACUAAGCUAUCAACCAGACCAGGUUCUUUUUUUUAUUGGAUUUAGUGUUUUAAUGUAUUUAUGUUAUGCUUAAUUCUCACAAGCUGUGUUCAUUUCUUUUGUUGAUUUAAACAAUGUGCUUUUAAUUACAAUCUCCAAAUGUUAUGAUGGCCCAUGAAAUGAUGUGGAAAGUACUAGUCUUAUUUUCUGUUGCAUGCCAAACAAGUUUUUUUAAAAAUGUUCAAUCAUUAUAAAAUUAAAUUGCACAAAUAUUUAUUUCACUAGUUUCAAAAAUUCCUUCUAGAAACUGGUUUAUUGUGCCAUUUUUCCUGAGACCUUUUAGCAGGUCAGCUACAAUGUAAAUCCACAUGCAAUCAAUCUUAUGUUUACUCAAUUUUAGAAAAUCCAAAUUCAAGAGGAAACUUUUAAGGCUAAAAUUGAAAGUUUUUAUUUUACCUUGAGAGUUAAAGAAAACAUUUACUUGUAAACAUUACAUUGUCCUUCAUCACUAAAGUUUUCUGCGCUACCCAGGAAAAGCAUUUAUUUUAUCUUUGUUUUUUAACUUUAACCUUUUUUAAAGAGCUUUUAGAGAUGCAUUGACAAGGGCUUGCUAGAGAAUUUUUAAACAUAAAAUCAAUUGUAAUCAGUUUUUCAAGUUGUCAAAGUUAAUUAUUUGCUCAAUUAUAGAUGAAAUUUGAUUUAGAGAAAGCCACCUAAGUAGCUUUAGCAAAGUCUGUUCCAUAUAUUUGUAAGUUUAGUACAAAUUUUUGUUAAUGCAACUUUUACAUGUUGUUUUUGUAGCCAUAUAAUGUGUUUUAGUGGCACAAACAUCUGUGACAGAACCACUCAAACCCUUUCCAACCGGCAUACAUUUAUCAAAGCCUUGUAAUAGAAAUUAACAAAUUAAAAGAAAAAAGAUCUGCA